AUGAGUUUCGCACCCCUCAGGCGGCCAGUUGGCUGCCUCAAGUCUGUCUUUCGUCGGGCAAGGCAACAGAGGGCUACACAGCGUAGUCUGGGCACCGCGGCCGUUGCUCCUACGGUGAACCAGGCCAUCAGCGAGAGGCAACGCGCUUCUCGCGAAAAGGUCGAAAGGUUCGAGAUUUAUUCCCAGAUUCCGUCUGUCCGGUCGCUGAACCCGGACCCCAUGCCCAUCCUGCGUCGGCAGCAGAUCGCUCAGCUAGAUCCCACGGGUGCCAGGACACGUCUGUUUUCCAAGGAUCAUGCAGACAGUGCCAAGGUUGGAGACGUGCUCAUGGUGACUACUCAGAGUGGCGAGCCAUUUUCGGGCGCAUUCAUUCAAAUCCGACGACGGGGCGUCGACACAGCCAUUUUACUCCGAGGACAAAUGAUGAAGACUGGUGUGGAAACGUGGUUCAAAAUCUACAGCCCCUCUGUUACGGGUAUUGAUAUCAUCUGGCGACGGCCGAAGAGGGCGAGAAGGGCGAGACUGACGUAUAUGCGGAAGCCCAAGCAUGACAUGGGCAGCGUGGAUCACCUGGUAUCGGCGUGGAAGAGAGAGAGGUAUUCCUUGCGAUCCAAGUCCAAGCAGACUGGCGGGGGAAAGGCCCGGACAUGA